GUCCCUCUUCUGCAAGCUUGCGUAUCGAUGUCAGGAUAACAACGACCUAUUAAGUGCUUGCUUGACAAGCAUCGGAGUGAAAAUAGUAUUGAGCUGCACAUGGACACCGUAAAUUUGUCCAAGAGCGUUGUAUCAAGCGAAGAGAUAUUUGGCCCACGCUAAACACAUUCAUUCAAAACUUACGGACGUGAAUGAAGCUGUGCGUGCUCACUGCUUGAGUAAGCUUGGGUUCUGUUGUGUUCGAGAGGGACGCAUUGAAGAAGGAUUUGAAUACCUCAACGAAGCCCUAGAAUUAAGAAGAAAGAGAGAAGAAAAAUCAGAUGAGACCAAAGAUAAAUUCAUGUUAGGAGCGUGUUAUAAUGAUGUAGCAGCUUCCCUAAUGGUACAAAGGAUACACAUGUGUGCUAUCCAAACAAGACUCUGCCAUGUGCUUCCGCUCUAUGAACAAAACCUGGAAGACCACCCUUUCACGGCAACAACACUGGACUGGAUUGGUAACAGUUACCACGCCUUGGGCGACUAUGAAAAUGCUAUUAAAUACAUCAGUAAAUCAGUUGAAAUGCGAAAGCAACUGUUGGGGCACCAUCAGGAAACUGCGAUGUCUCUUCAUGAUUUGGGAGUGGCUUUGAACGCGAAAGAAGAUUACUCAAGUGCACUAAGUAUCUUAAAGAGGCAAUUGAUUUGCAAGAGGAAGUGUCAGAUACACAUUAACAACUGAUUCACACUCACCAAGACAUGUCCAUUGCUCUGCGGGGUCUCGGAAGAAACAGCGAAGCCGAGGAAGAAAUGACACGGGCUGUGGUGUGCGCGAAAAAGUUGGAAAAGGAAGAAAAUGAAGAAGAAAAUGACUGGGUGGAUAUCUCAUGCACAGGAUUAGGAGUUUUGAAAAAGAGAUCCAAAACACUGUAAGGAAGCAAAACAAUCUAUCGAUUGAUUGAUGGGCUCUCAUGGUCACUUAUUUAAUCAAUGCAGUGACCCAGUCGCUCACUCUGUCCGUUCAUUGACCUCCCUACGUGCGUAUCAGUCAAUUGCAAUUUAGGAAGAACCUCUGUUAGACUUUAGUGGGGAUAGGAUGGCGGUAACCAACUAAUUUUGAUCAGACCAAGUUAAGUUAUUUUUCUAAAAAAGGAAGAUCUUAAGCAGAGGUUGACCUUCCCUAGCGUUGGCAAAUUGACAUGUCCAAAUUCAUACUGAUUCUCGCUAUGGGAAACCGAUAAACCUUCAUUGUUGACCUCUCUUGACAAGGGAAACUAACCAAGAGCAAGUGAUUACAUUAAUGAAUUAAUGUCUCGAAGACAGAAGAUAUCUUUCCCUUGAGCUUCAGCAGUUAAAUUGAGCGAUCGGCAAAUAUGGUUAAAGGCAUUGGGUAAACAUAUAUUUGUGACAUUUUUCCGAGUGAAAUUGUGAAAUAAAUAUCAUGUAGGGACAUAAAAACGCUUGGCAGAGGCAAAGUUUGAAUCAAAGAUUCGCGUUAAUUGUACACCAAAUUUUCUUUCGUUUUUUCGUUGCGUUAAAAGCUCACAUGCACACGAAUGAAAGAUCCCUUGCCUCAAGUAGCCAUUAUCACUAUCGAUAUCAUCAAGGUUUGGGCUGUGCAAGUUUUCUGUAGUUCGUAUUAACAUAGCGGUUUUCGUUUUUGAGCUAGAGCACCACAAAGGAAGGUGCUCGCUGGAAGUAAUUUAGCUUUGAAUUUUAUUAUCUCCCAUUUGCUUCAGUGAGAUCUUCCACAAGCUCCAAAAUAUGAGAAAUUUGCCCUGCCAUCAAUUAAAGUCGAAAAAAUAGAGGUAACAAAGACAGCUUCCUCGCUUUUUGAAACUUAGAACUGUCCAUGAGGUUUUUUUCUUUUUUAGUUAUUUGGCAAUUUGAAGGGCGCAAAUAUGUUUAACGUUACAUUUGUUUAAAGCUACACCGAAUAACAAGGAGGCUCGAAAGGGUUUUUUUGGCCGCGCGGAGAAUGGAUUCCAAGACGCACGUUGGCAAAAAGUUAAACAAGAAGCUAAAGUUCUCCUCGGCUACUGCCUCGGGGGUAGUUUGGAAGAUAUGGAAUGCCGGAAUACUCGGAAUACCCGGAAU